AGAAAACGCACAUCCAACAUCAGACCAGUCUAGAAUCAUUGGUGGAAAAUAAAACGAGAUGCGAGAAGCCCCGUGUAACUUAUGGACAAUGAUAUCAGACAAGUAUAGUCUGAGCAAUGACAGUACAGAAGAAACCGAAGAUGAUUCCAUGGAUGAACUAAGGCGUUACUCGCGUAUUGACAACGUCAUGCGGCUUCUUAUUACGGGAAAAUUGGAAUCUCGACGCUACACCUCACAUAUUGCUCAAAAGCCAGAUACACAUCUUAUUUCCUAUAUGUCACAGGAAACCGAUGAGACAGUCAAACAGGCCAGGGCUUCGUUCCGCAUGUUCAGUUUCAUCAAAGCAUGGUCCAAGGCAUACGAACAUUUAGACAGACUAACUCCACUGACUUACAUCAGACUAAAAAAUAAACUUGAAAAGUGGUUUAGGGAGUCCAAUUUGAAACGUCGCGUGCUCAGAAGAUCACAAAUAGUGUACAAUCCAGGAGUCAUGGAUAUAGUCCCUGAAAAUCGCUUGAAAUUCAAAAGAAUAUGGGAAAGGAUACAGAAGGAAUAUGGGGUGAAGCGCUUGAUAUUGAAUAAUAUAAUCAAACAAUCAGAACUCGCCAACAGAAUGCAAGAAAAACAAAAGGCGCAGUUUCAGUCAGUCGCCAAAACUUUGGCCGCAAAAGAGCGACAACAUAUUAUCAGUAUGAAACAAAGUGGUUUCAUUUCGCAAAAGGAAUUACAAUUCUAUCUGGAUUAUCUCAAAAAUAAAACACGUCAAUCGGAAACAGAGGCUAGUGUACCGAAGCCGGAAAUCAUACGCAAAAGUGAAAAAAUUCCUUUUGUCGAGACGUCCAGUCCGGAAAAAUUCAGCAUUGAACCACUGCGUCGGUUCAUGGUUAGAAGACUGAAGGAAUUGAUAACGACCUCACCGGAAAUAAAAGAAAAUAUACCUGAAACAUUCUUUCAUGACGCCCUGUCCACCGAUGUGUGUCGUCUGUCACAAGAAUCUUUUGACAGCUACACACAUGAACAACUAGACUGGUUCAAGAAAAAUUCACACAUUGAAGAUGAGGAAUUCGAUGAUAUUGGCAGUGAGCUAUUUCGACAGUUUGGACGAUACAGCAAGACUUCGAGUACUGGAACAUUCCGGGACGAAUCAAUUAGUAUAUUUGACGAGGGUAAUCCUGACCGUUACACGAUAAUGCAGCUGUUUAAAGCAGCUGAAUCUAUUUUGAAGCCAAGGAAAUCUCAGCAGUGAAUAUGGGCUGCCAAGAUAAAGUCUGCGCUUGUCAAUCCAAGGUACAUUAGCAUUCAGUGGCCAUUAGAUUAUCGGGAAUUCAACCACGGUUCAAAAGCUGGAUACACGGGUAGAAAUGAGACUGCUUCGCAACGUUUUGUUGUUUAUUUUGGUUGUAUUUAACCAACCUUUGAAAGUAUGUUUGUUCUUCUGGAAACUCAUAGACUAUGAGUAACGAAUGUCGGAUAUCGUUUGACCUAACCGAGAAUAACGGAU